GGUAAAAGGCUUGUACAUGUACCUGCCUGUCUGCCUUCCUAUCCUUUCCUUUCAUGAUCUCUCUGUCUCUCUCCUUCUCUGUUUUGUUCCUUAGGGAGAACAUCUGGUGUGUACCUUACUGACCACCGAAAAGAUGAUGAGUUCAAGCUAUUGGAACGAGAUGAACAGCAGCAGCUGUGGGAUUCAGCAACUCCCAGAGGUGCUGCAGUGCCAGCCUCAGCAUUACCACUGCUACCAUCAGUCAAGUCAAGCCCAGCAGCCUCCAGAAAAAAAUGUAGUGUAUGAGCGAGUGAGGACCUACAGUGGACCCAUGAAUAAGGUGGCUCAAGCCUUGGAUCCCAUCGGCUCCCGGGAAGUGCUCUCCCCUCUCAAAACUUCUUCAUCCUACCAAAAUUUGGUUUGGAGCGACCAUUCCCAGGAACUCCAUUCUCCAACUCUGAAAAUAUCUACUUGUACCCCAAGCACUCUACACAUGACCCCAACUACUGAGCAGGAACUUCAUUCUCCAAUAGUAAAAGUCACUACAUAUCCACAGACCACUAUUAGGAGAUAUAUAGUACAAAAUCCUGAACAGGAACCACUGUCUCCAUUCCUAAGAGGAGGCCAUUUCUUCCCAGGAAACAAUGUUAUUUAUGAAAAAACAAUAAGAAAAGUGGAGAAGCUAAAUAUGGAUCAGGAAUUCUAUCCUCAGGUUCAGUGCCAUCAUCACAUUGUCCAACAGCCCCAGAUCAUCCACUCUCCUCAUUGUCAACAAUCCCAUUCUAGCCAGCAAAUCCAAACUAUCACAGGAGGUGACUCAACAUCUACAAGCAUUGGAAAUGACCUUUGCCAUGGUGAAUCAAGCCAUGUACAUGAACAGGUGAUAAUUCAAGAUGAUGGCCCUGAAAAAUUGGAUCCCAAAUAUUUUGGAGAGUUACUUGCUGAUCUAAACCGCAAAAAUGCAGAUCUCUAUCACUGCCUGUUAGAACAUUUGCAGAGAAUUGGAGGAAGCAAACAAGAAUUUGAGUCCACAGAUGAGUCAGAAGACAUUGAAUCCUUGAUUCCCAAAGGAUUGUCAGAGUUUACAAAACAACAAAUUCGCUAUAUUUUGCAGAUGAGGGGUAUGUCAGAUAAGUCACUCCGGCUAGUGCUGUCCACAUUCAGCAACAUUCGGGAGGAGCUUGGACAUCUUCAAAAUGACUUGACAUCGCUGGAAAAUGACAAGUUAAGACUUGAAAAAGACUUGGUUUUCAAAGAAACUCAAAUAAAAGAAUAUGAAGAUCUCUUGGCAUCAGUGAGAGCAAAUAACCGUCAGCAGCAGCAAGGACUUCAAGACUCAACUUCAAAAUGCCAAGCAUUGGAAGAAAGCAAUCUCUCUCUUCGACAUACACUAUCAGACAUAGAAUAUAGAUUAAAAGAGCUGGAAUACUGUAAACAUAAUUUAGAACAAGAGAAUAAAAACCUUAGAAUUCAGGUUUCUGAGACAUGCACAGGCCCUAUGCUACAGGCUAAAAUGGAUGAGAUUGGCAACCAUUACAAGGAGAUGCUAAAAAACUUAAGAGUGGAGAAAGAUAGAGAGAUCUGUAAGCUAAGGACUCAAUUAAAUCAGUAUCAAAAAGAUGUUUCAAAAAGAGAAGGAAGUUGCAGUGAUUUCCAAUUCAAGAUUCAUGAACUGACAAGCUUGCUGGAAGAGAAGGAUUCCCUUAUAAAGCGUCAGUCAGAGGAACUCUCGAAGUUGAGACAAGAAAUAUAUUCAUCUCAUAACCAACUCUCCAGUGGUGGAAGGACUACAAUUACUACUAAAAAGUACAGAACACAAUAUCCAAUCCUAGGACUCCUGUAUGACGACUAUGAAUAUAUACCACCAGGUAGUGACACACAGACAAUUGUGAUUGAGAAAACAGAAGACAAAUGGACUUGUCCAUGAAUGACUCUCAAAUUCAGAAGAAGAUUUUGGGGGUCUGCAUCAGUACUUUAAUUUUUCCAUAACAAAAGGCCAAUCAAAAUUUUGAACCAUGCCACUACCCAGUGAAUCAAAUGGAAUGAAUUAGUCCUGAAGAUGAGUUUCUCCAACCAUUUAUGAGGCCUGAAUCUACAUUCUUGUAUUAAUAUAGCAAUAUAUCACUUAUUUAAACUUCCAUAGCAGUCAAUAUAGGACAUAAUUCACUACUUUUCAAUAGAAUGCUUCCUAGAUACUGAAUUAAUUUGUUGGGGCAGAGAUUUUACAAGUUAUUCCACUAGAAGAUCUUCUCUGAUAUUAGAUAUGCAAUUCAGCUACAAGGAUUGAUACUGUUUAUUACCAAAAAAAUAGGCAAACUAUUGGAUUUUUUUUUUAAAGUUUAGUGCAUGGUCUAUACCAUAUAUAUUUGUUUUUCUCACAUUGAACCUAUGACUAAAAGAGCUGCUUCAUUACAUGCUAUUUAUACCUCUUAGAGACAUAACUAAACCAAGGGUGAUGGUUAGCUUCAUUAAGUAGGGAAGUGGGAUAUUUUUUAAAUAAAUAAAUCCACUAAUUUGCACAUUGUAAUAUUAUGGUUCUAAGUACAUAUCAAUGGCUUGGCAAAUCUGUUCUUUCAAAGCAUAUCAUCCCCCAAAUGAGCUCACCCACUUCCUUGAAAACAUAUAACAAUAUAUUGUAGUAGUGGGUAGAAAGAAAGUAGACAUUUUUAUAGUAGAAUAUAUAAUGUGACAUUGAAAUAUUGCAUAAAGGCUUAAGAAGUAAAAAAGAAACAACAAAUUAUUGAUAUUUGCAUCUAACUUGGGAGAAAGAGCUUUUAUAGUAGAGUAUUUACUGAACUUAGAAGUUGGUUGAUUAAUUUGGUUCUAAUGACCUUACAAAGUGAACGAAAGUAUUUUCUAAGUAUAUUAGUAGAUAGGAAUGAAAUUUCUUAAUUUCAAGCCCUCUGCUUAAAGUUAAGAAUUAGCAAAAAUUAAAAUGUUUGCAUUUGACAAAAUAUAAAUUAAGGCAACAAAUAUAUAUGGGUUACAUUUAAAUAAGGUUUUGCACUGAAAUAUCUCUGCAAAUAUCUGUAUAGAACCUAUCAUGUUUUAUAAUUAUACUUUAAUAAUUAUUCAUUAUACUAUGUUAAGAUAGGAACAGAUGAGGCACUACACUAAAUCAAACCAUAAUAAGAAAAAUGCUUUUAAUACUCAUAACUUCCAAAUAGGUUUUGAUACAAAGCUAAAGUCUUAUUUUGUUAUCUUAAUACUUUGACUAAAAGGUCAAGCUCUCUAAUAUGGAUUGAUACAAUUCCAAUUUUAUCAAUAUUUUGUGAUAGAAAGUGUUAAUAUUUUUCAUGAGCUAGAUAGUCCUUACAUUUUUUCCCUUGGUGUGGGAAUAACAGGGCAGUUUCCCUUCUGCUAACUACUCAUAUAUGUACCUGUAAGAAAAUUAUGCCAUAUUUUCUAGCCAUUACAUAUGAUAUAAAUGGUGGUUUUUAGUAGCCUAAUAGAAAACUACCACCAUAACUUUUUGAAAAUUAGAACUGUCAGCAUGUCAUUGGCUUACUUGAUCUAAGCAUAGUGAUUGAAUGGAGUUGUCAUGACAAGGUACUUAUUGCACUUAAUAAAUUUAAAUGUAUGUAUUUCUUUUCCAAUUUCUGAUUAAGAUCAAUAAAAAUAGUAGUGAUUUCUUUUCCCUCACAAUUUUCGCACAGCUUCUCUCUGAAAAUUGCAACAACAAAAAUGUUGUCAGGUGAGAAAUGCCUAUUAUCUAAUUUCUAUUUGAGUAUGUUUCACUUUAGAUGUCAAAUAAAAUGGAGACUGCAAGAAAUGCAAGACAAGUUAUUUAAGUGUCUAAAUAAAAUAUGUGAAGUAUCUGUA